AAACACUCACACACUCCGUUAAAAUAUUAUUGAAAUAUACAUUCUGUUUGAAAGAACGUGUAAAUUGAGGCACAAUAUUUCUUUAGCAGGAUUUGUGUUUAACAGAAAUGAUGUCUUUAAAUAAAUUUGUUUCCUUGCUUAUUAUUUUGGGCUUCAUCAAUGAAGCUUGGUGUAUUCGUUGUUACUACUGCAAUAGUGAAAAUAACACAGCCUGUCUUGAUGUGAACGCUUACAGUGAGGACAUAAGAUCGCAUAUUGUACCUAUAGUCGAAUGCGAAUCCGCCAUUCCAAAUCCAGGUGGAUACAGUUUCUUUUGCAGAAAGAUCUCUCAGACUAUUUUCCAUUCUCAUCGCGAGUCUGACAUUCGUGUAACGCGAGGAUGCGGUUGGAUGCGGCAUUCUCAGCCGUGCUACCGAGAUGACAAUACUGACCACCUCGGCAUCUCCUGUCAAUGUUUCGAAGACUAUUGUAACUCGUCUGACAGACUUGACCCCUCCACACUUGCUAUCUUGUUCUGUUUCUUUGCUGGUGUAUUGUAUUUUUGGCGUUGAAUCAAUUUACGAUUGUUAGUUUUUUUAUCGUGUUGUAGGUUAAACUUUCAUUGAAUUUUAUGAACAUGACAUUUUUCUUUCUAA